GCGCGUGCAUGUUUUCCACCCUCGCGACCGCAGAGCGGCUCACAAUCGCUUUCUAGGGUUUCGUUUGUUGGCAAUCACGAUUGACGAUCCUAACCCAACCCCUUUCUGAUUACCUCACCAAUCUUCGAUUCGAAUCUCCAAUAUCGCCACUUCCCGUGAUAAACCCUAGAAAGAACCCUAAUUUUCCCAAUCAGAGGCAAUGGCGUCUGGUGCUAUAGCCGGCGGUGGAGUUUCGAAGACGAAGCAUAAACGGAGCAGCAAAAGAUUGAAACCCACGACGGCGGCGAGGCUGGUGUCUCCGUCGAAUUCACUUGGGUCUGACGUCAAUCGUCAGAUGAUGAAGAUAAGUCUGAACUCAAUCUCAAAGCUUGAAGUUCGCAACUUGAAGCGGAAACUAACAUCCGAUCUUGAAAAAGUUCGGAACUUGAUCAACCGCCUCGAACCUGUCCACCCCCAGCAAGAAGCUCAAAACAGCAACAGUGCUCAGAUUUUUAAGAACUUGCUUACCAAGUUAAUGAAGCAUAAGUUUGGGUCGAUUUUCAACACGCCGGUUGAUGCGGUUAAGUCCGGUUUACAUGAUUAUCACACUAUAGUUAAGAAGCCUAUGGAUUUGGGUACAGUGAAGACUAGGUUGAGUAAGAGUUGGUAUGAGUCUCCCUUGGAGUUUGCUGAGGAUGUGAGGCUUACUUUUAACAACGCUUUGCUGUAUAAUCCCGUGGGGCAUGAUGUCCAUCGUAUGGCUGAGUUGUUGUUGAGCAUGUUUGAAGACCAGUAUGAGUCUCUUAAUAGUAGGCAACAAGAACCAUUACCAUUACGAGCUCCUACACCGUCUCUGUCUCCUUCUAUAGUGGUUGAAGAUAAGACUUUGGAGAGAGCAGAUUCUAUGACAAAGCCAGUGGAGCCUUUAGCUCUAACCGUUUCCCCUGAGAAGCGUGAAGAAGAAGAAGAGGAGGCGUCUGGGAAUAGGGACUUGGCGUUUGAGGAGAAGCCGAGGCUUAGUGAAGACCUUCAGGAUUUGCCUUUCGACAAGCUAGAGGAAGUUGUUGAGAUUAUAAAGAAGACUAAGCCGGAGCUCGCUCAACAAGACGACGAGAUUGAGUUACACAUUGAUAGUCUUGACCUCGAAACGCUUUGGGAGCUUUACAGAUUCGUGACAGGAUAUAAGGAGAGCUUGGGUAACAAAAAAGAAGAACAGGGUUUGAGCUCUGAAAGAGAAGCUGAGUCUGUUCACAACGGUGUCCAAGAACCGAACACUCUAGUAACUGGACCUGAAUCGACAAAAGUUACAGAACUAGGCCAUGUAAAUGCUGUAUCAAGUAGUUCUAGUAGUGGAUCAGGCUCUUCUAGUGAUUCUGACAGUGAUAGCUCAGGGCAUGGAUCUUGAUACUGUUAACUAACCAAGACUCUCAAAGGACUAGCAUAGGAGAGAGCCAUGGUGUUGUCAGUUACAUACUCUUUCAGUAGCAAAGCUAGGUUACCUUUUUGUUCCAACGUUUUCUACAUCAGAUUGUUUCUGUAUUAGAGUUAAUUGUUAACUGUACAUAAAAGUGAACAACACUUGUCAUCAAUCGAACAGGCUUGUUCUAUACUUAAUUGUUUUU